AUGACUCGACAGAGGAAAAUCAAUCUUACCAUAAUCUUCAGUCUAGGCUCCAUUGUCUGUGUGAUUACCAUCCUUCGAAUCGCGUUCGCAGCUCAAUUCGAUGCCAACGACCUCACCUAUGAUUACAUAAAAAUCUCAAUAACCACAGUAAUUGAGCCUACACUUGGCAUAAUAGUGGCCUCCCUACCCAUGUUCCCGCCGGCUCUCAAGAAGUUGCUGGGCAGUGAGAGCGAGCAUGACUCCCUAAAGGUGCGCUCUAGCAGUACAACCCGGCUUCGCUCGAACGGCAUGGAUCCAUCCCCGGGUUUCCCCAGGCUUGAUGACUCGUACCCUCUUGCGGACUUGGAGACGGGUAGAACAACUGAGAACAAAGCCACUAGCUCCGAUGGUAGAGCGAAUUCUUUCGGUAUUGAAUAUAGCACGGACUCAAGGGGUGAGACACAGCCGUAUUCUAGGAUCAAUGUUCAAAAAGGGUGGGAGGUUCGGUCUGAGUAA